AUAAUAUGUAUCCGUUGGAAGUUAUUUCCAUCAAUCUAUAAUAUUGUAGAGAUUAUGAUCUCGUUUACAAACUCGAAGCUUUACUACUUUGACACUGGAACACGGGGGCGUGCCGAAGCUAUAAGAUAUCCUGUGGCUGUGCUUCCAUUUAUUGAGACCCAAGAUGGGCAAUAUUUUGGUACGACUGUGCCUCUUCUACGGAUUCUUGGGAAGCAGCUAGAACAAACUGCCGAUCUAGCCAGCGGAUGGGUGCAAGAUUACGUCAAGAUAUUUUUCCAGCCAGAACAAAUUAAAUACCAUGAGACUGAAGAGACGCCACGUCAUGUUGUCAGAUUCGAAAGAAUAUAUGGGGUAUAUACUAACGGACCUUAUGCCCUAGGCAACCAGAUCACAUACGCUGAUUUCUUGGUUUACCACAUCAUUCGACAGGAGAAGCUUUUGGAGAAACUUGAGUCAUGUCCGAAUCUAGAUGCAUUCAUAAAAGCAUUUGAAGGCAGGCCCAGAAUCAAGGCUUGUCUUGCUACACUUCCUAAACAGGAGGCGGACCUUGUUGUUAGCUACUAAGUAAUUACUAUUAUCCAUGUUGCACCGUUCACUCUAUUACCAAUGCCCUAACAGGAGUAUGUAUAAUGUCAUCACAUUUAAAGUACUUCCCUUGUGUUUUGUAUGACAUUACAAUAUGGUUCGCG